UCUAAUCAGAUUUUUUGGAAGCAAUAGAAACGCCCCUUUAAAACACGAUUGAUCCUUCCUGUCUUUGCCUCUAUUUUUGAAAGCCACUGCGAAAUCUCAGUCGCAUUGCGAAUCGACUCGCAGUCUGCGGCUCAAAAUGGUAGCCGCUGCUGCGCAUAAGAUGAACGUCCUGCUGUUCAUGUUCAUGUUAUGGAGUGGCCAAAGUUUAGCCGAAGAAGAUUCUGUCGAAAUGUCACCGUCGUUGGGUCAACCGUGUAAUUGUACAGACACAAUUUUCCGGUUCUCCGAGAGAGCGUUGAAUAGCGAAAAGACCAUCAGAUUAUCAACGUUUAGGAACAGAGAUCGUCAAAAGGCGUUGUUGGUCGUUAACGUGGCUACUUACUGAGGGUUCACCGAACAGUACCACGAAUUGAAUGCACUGCAAGAGGAAUUAUUCAGAGAGUUGGCCAUCUUAGCUUUCCCUUGUAAUCAAUUUGGCAAGCAAGAACCAGGGGGAUCAGAUUUAGAAAUCUUGAACGGAAUCCGUUACGUUCGUCCAGGCGAUAAUUUCCAGCCCAAGAUGACGCUGUUCCAAAAGACCGACGUCAACGGUGCUAAUCAACAUCCAUUAUUUGCCUACCUAAAGAGCUGCUGUCCGCCCACUCGAGAGUAUUUCGAGGAAUCGACGAAAUUGUAUUACACCCCAAUUCGUAACAGCGAUAUCCGCUGGAACUUUGAGAAAUUCCUGGUCGAUCGCAAAGGAAUACCCGUGAUGCGCUACGACGCCAUGGUUCGUGUAGCAGACAUGCGCACUGACAUUAAUGCGCUUGUUAAUCUCUAAAAAAAACAUUUAACAUUUUUUACAAAUCGGAUUAAUAACUUUUUCCAUACUCGUUUGUCUCUUUUUUUUUUAAUGAUGUGAGCUUCGCUGGGUUUUAUAUGUUGAGUUUGACACAUGAUCCUCUAGAUCUCAACCGUCUGAAACAUGACGGCGGUCUAAGGGGGGAGGCUAAGCUCUCAGUUGGCUGGAACUCUCGGAAGCUCUUUUGUGCAUUCUAAGGGCAAUCGGAUCGAGUUUCCAUGCCGCAGAGUCUUGUCAUUGACUAUAAUUCCCGAGACUCAUAUCGAUUUUGUCGCUCUAUUUAGUUUGUUUAAUUGAAUAAACGCUCUCCUAUUCUUUGAAGAAGAAAAAAAAGGAAAGGUGGCCUUUUUUCUUUAAACUUUUGCCUUUAGUGAAAAUCUAAUCGCAUAAGGAAAUGGAGAUUCAUUUCUAGUCACGCUGUACGCGCACUAGAAAGAUAUUGAAUUGCCUAUUAGAAUAGAAUAAGAAGACGCAAUUUUUGUGUUGUUGUAAUCCAAUCUAGCUCUGUAUCGCAGCAGAAAAACAAACUGAUAGUUCGAGUGUCUGUGAAAGACGUGGACUUGUCGAACCCAGUAUCCUGUUGACAAGAAGCCGUUCCAAUGUAAUCUCGAAUAAACAUCACUGCUCGCAGGGA